AUUCGCAGUUCGCCAGUUGAAAUCACGCUCUCGUUAGUAACACAUGCGCCGGCGCCUCGCGUGCCCAGAAGCGAAACUUCGAUACAAUAAAAAAAUAUUUGCUGAGCGAUAAUGUGAUAAAUAUGAGUGUACUGAUUGAACGUUUUUGGUGCUGUGGUUUUGAAUAAUUGUAUUUAGCGUGGUGUGUAGAUUUUGAAUUCGGAACGGCAGUAUGGCGGGAAUUUUGUACACUUUAUUUUCUAUACUACUCUUCCAAAGAGCAAUUUCCAGUUACUUGUCUGGUGGUUACAACUUACUGAGACUGGACCAAUUACCUUCCGACAUACCGACAACCGUAGCACCCGACGGCUUUCCGGCUCCAAAUUUCGCAAAUCAAUCCGUCACAAUACCAAUAAGCGACAUCAUCGAAAUCGGGGAUUAUCUACCAACACCGUUUAUUAUCAACGCAGUGAUCAAAUUGGACGAACUAACAGCGACAUGCUUAUUCCAGUUUAAGAAUAACGUUGCUGACACGUACUUCAGUUUGUGUAUGGAGCCCGCCAGCGAGUCUCUAGUGAGAUUUAUCUUCAACGGCCUCGAUACGAGCCCUAUAGAAACCGUAGUGAAAGUAGACAAAGAUUCAUGGACAAAAUACACUUUUGAAAUCGAUCGCACCUCGUUGACCACUCGUUUGGACUGUAUACUCUUAUUUAAGCAGAGCACCGAGAGACCUACUAUGGAUGUUUUAUUCGAACCGGAUUCGACGUUGGUUUUGGGAGAGUCGCCUUACAGUGAAAAGAAUUUUAUGGGAUCCAUAAAGGAAAUAAAAAUAUAUCCGGACUCAAACGAAGAAACCAUAAAAAAUAUUUGCAACGAGGAUUUCAAAUUACCGAGUAUAUUUAAUGAAGAAAACGAAGAGUCAACGGACAAUGUAGAAGAACCUCAAUAUAUUAAAAACCCGGAGAAAGGUGAGAAAGGUGACAAAGGUGAGAAGGGUGAAAAAGGACAAAAAGGACACCAAUGUCUCAAAGGAGAGCCUGGAAAUUCCGUCAUCGGUCCAGAAGGAUCACAAGGACCUGUUGGGCCGCUAGGACCCCCUGGCCCCGUAGGAAAGCGAGGACCGAAAGGGGAGUGUGAGUGCUCGCCUAAUUUGGUAUCGACUCUUUUGGAAACAAUGCCUGAAAUGAGAGGACCUCCCGGUGAAGCUGGUCCCAGGGGCGAGCCUGGACUUCCUGGUCUUCAUGGGGAGAAAGGCCCUGAAGGUCCUGCGGGGAAACCUGGCCUAGACGGUAGAGUAGGGGAGCCAGGUCACGAUGGUGUACCUGGACGAAACGGAAAGCCUGGGGAGCCAGGACCACCAGGAAAAGACGGAGCACCCGGUCGUGAUGGAGAACCUGGACUAAGAGGCCCACCUGGCCCACCCGGUCCUGGUUUCAUGGAAACAGAGGAAGAAAAGAAGGCUCGACAGAUUCGGAUACCUGGGCCUAAAGGUGAGCAAGGCUCACCUGGCUUACCAGGGUAUCCCGGGCCAAAAGGUGAAACCGGAUCAAAAGGUGACAAAGGAGAAAUUGGACAACAAGGUGCAAAAGGAGAAGAAGGUAUCAUGGGUCAAAUGGGUGAGAAAGGAAAAAAGGGUGAUAAAGGUGACGCAGGAGUAGAUGGUAGACCUGGUAUGCAUGGAAACCACGGAGUAGACGGGAGAACAGGUGAUAAAGGUGAUAAAGGAGCACCAGGGCUGGCGGGACUUCCAGCAAGCUUGGCUUCAAUUUUGGACGAAGAAAUGGACGAAUUGACAAAAGCGGCAAUCAUUGAGAAAUUCAGAGGGUUCAAAGGGGAACACGGCGACAAGGGUGAUAAGGGCAGCAAAGGUGAUCAAGGGAAUACUGGUCUAGCAGGGGAACCCGGUAAAGAUGGUAGAACUGGAAGCACGGGGCCUCGAGGACCUACAGGUCCCCGAGGAAAACAAGGUCCUAUGGGCCCUAGAGGAUACAAAGGCGCAAGAGGUGCACCAGGACCAGUUGGAAAAGUACCAGCUUCAGAAAUAGCUUUACUAAAGGGUGCUACAGGACCUCCAGGACCAAAAGGAAGUACUGGAGAAAAAGGUCAAAAAGGCGAUAAAGCCCCGGAAAUAGACGUAUCAAAGCUGAAAGGUGAAAAGGGGGAUCGAGGGCUAGAAGGUAGUCCCGGUAAGCCUGGCCCCAUAGGACCAGUUGGCCCUCCAGGAAUUUGUGAGAAGUCGAGUCCUCAACCACCCAUCCCUGGACCUCCUGGACCCCCAGGGCCUCCAGGAUCACCUGGGAGAGACGGUGAAGCGGGUCAACCAGGAGCGUCCAUAAUCGGUCCGAAAGGUGAACCAGGAUUUACGAUGACAUCGAAUAAUAUUGAUGAAACAGUUGAUUUCGAUAGCAACGACGAUGAAGCCUUCUUUAAAUCAUACACGAUUAUUUUCAAGACCUACAAGGGUCUGUUGAAGAGAACAUCGAAAACGCCUGUAGGAACUCUCGCUUACGUUCUGGAUGAACAAAUUUUGUUGUUGAGAGUGGAAUAUGGAUGGCAGAAUGUUAAUAUUGGAUCGAUGUACCAACCUUCGAGAAGCGCACCUAGACUUGUACCAUACAAUCAACCGUCAAAGUCACCUAACGACAAAAGAUAUAUACGCUUGGCAGCCCUGAACGAACCUUACUCUGGUAGAAUGGAGACCCACUUAAAUAGGGUUGGCUACAGCGCGAUCAACUACGAGUGCCACAGACAGUCCAUGCGCGACUAUAACGGAACAUUCGUUGCUGUGCUCUCAAACAGGGUAACAGACCUAAUUUCAUUAGUAAAACCGUCAGAACGUAACAUUCCUGUUACAAAUUUAAAGGGGGAAAUUCUUUACCCUUCGUGGAGUAGCAUAUUUGAUGGAGCCAGAUCAAUGCACGGGCAAUCUAAGGCUAAUAUCUACAGUUUCGACAACAGAAACGUCUAUGUGGAUCAACAAUGGCCUAAGAAAAUGGUGUGGAUAGGUGCUGAUACUCUAGGCAAUCGAUCAACAAAAGCAUACUGUGACGAGUGGAGCUCAGAUAGCCAACAAAUGUUUGGCACCGCAUCUCCUCUAGACAAACUUUUAGAACAAAGACUAUUGAGCUGUGAUAAUAAACUUAUAGUCCUUUGCGUCGAGUUAUCGUCGCAAGCAUCGAGACACAAUCAUAAGAAGCGCUGGCCCAAGAAACGUGUUACGUACGAUAAACGAAUCCGAAAACCGUUUGCUGGUACAUAGUAAAAAGUUUUUAGUGUACAGACUUCAACUUCUUGAGUAAUACUCGUAAUGUAACAUGUGAGAUUGAUGUGCGCCAUAGUAUAAUAUAACUUGAAAUAUGUGUGGUGUUGAAAAUUUUGUGUAUAUGAAAGUUCAACAUUUAUUUCUGUGAAUUGUUUGUGUCAUCUUAUCACGUAACGCGGGACUGUCGUAUCCGCCUUUCCUGUAUUUGAAACAAAAUGGACGGCUGUCAAUCUGACAGAUGGAUGUGUCAAACGAAUGUCAUUGUGUCAGUGUGAUAAUGAGCAUCCAUUACAGUUAUUACCUAAUUAUAAUACGGGUUUUAUCAAUUGAUUUAGCACCUUUAGAAUUGAAGCUAAACGACCGACCGACCUAAAAACAUAGAUUCUAUCAUCUUAUAAAAAAUAUUCAAUCUGUUUUAGUCUAGAAAAGGACAAAUGUACUCUUUCCGUCUCUUUUAAAUCAAGCGCUUACUCUAUAGUAACGUAAUCGAAAAACUAAAAAGUGACAAUUCUUCGAUUACAUUUUUGGCGUUUAUAAAAAAAUAAGAACUUUAAAUUAAGCCAUUUCAAUUCUAAAGGUGCGAAUUAUGUAUUAAAGUUAAAUAAAUCUAUGUCUGUAUUAUACACUGCAUUUCUAGUAAAUUUUCAAUUGUACUCUUUUUGGAUAAUAACGAAUAAUGUAUUUUUAAAUUAUUAUAAUUAAGAACAGUUAGUUACGAUUCUUAUCUUUUAAAUAAAUUAAGUUUUUAUUGUACCUAUUCAAAUUUCCACACUUUUGGUAUUAUAUAAAUUAUUAUUUUAUUAUUAAAAUUAAUUAGGUUAUAGUAUGGCAUAUAUUAUAGUAUGGUAUCGUAAAUUGUUUUUAGUUUUCGUAAGUUUAUAUUUCAAUUUCAAUUAUGUCCUAUCAAAUUAGUAAAGUGAAUCAACAGUUUUGACAGACCUAUACAAAAAUAAACAUGAUUUUGAUUAUUAUAGAGGAGGAUAAUAGUGUUAUUGUAAGAUAUUUCAAAAAUAUGUUCCAAGCUUUUGUUUGUAUUUCUGGCGACUCACGGUAAAAGCGAGUACUUUCACGGGACGAUCACACUAUCAAACUGAAAUAAAGCGGGAAACUUAGCCUAAUUUUAUACAUUUCAUUGACGUGUAUAAAAUUAGGCUAAGUGGCUUAUCUUGUAUUAAGUGAUUACCAGAGAACACGUGAUAAAUGGCCGUAUCCACGUUUAGAUAUGAUGCCCCAUUACUGAAUGACUUGAUGGUGCGGUAGUUAGCGACUCUGACUGUCACACCGAGGGUCGUGGGAUCGAUUCCCACAUCGAGCAAACAUUUUGCGAUAAACAGAUUUAUUUAUGGAUAUGUUUAAGCAUAUCUAAGUAUGUUUAGCAGUCUCUCGUAGGCAUAACCCAGGGAAUCCUAAAUUGGAGCAGGAUGACCGGAGCGUGAUUUGUUCCCAGUUAUUAUUAUUAUUAUUAAUUACUUAAAUAACCUAUGUGCCUAUUAUUCUUUUUAUUUAUUGCAUUAUAUGGGUGGACGAGCUCACAGCCCACCUGGUGCUAAAUGGUUUCUGGAGCCCAUAGACAUCUACAACUUAAAUACGCCACCCACUUUGAAAUAUAAGUUCUAAGGUCUCAGUAUAGUUACAACGGCUGCCCCGCCCUUCAAACCGAAACGCAUUACUGCUUCACGGCAGAAAUAGGCAGGGUGGUGGUACCUACCCGUGCGGACAUUCAUACAUGAGAAGCCAUGUUUACUUUACCGGCGGCAAAAAUAUACUCUGCUGUGACUGAGUUUGAGGAACUUAGGACUUUAUAACUGUAAGCAAUCAUUAAUGUUACUUUAUAGCAUAAUAAUAUAUGUAGGCAUUUUGUUUAUUCAUCAUUUACUCUUGAUACUGUGUAAUAUGUGUAUUAAAUUAUCCUUUAUAUUAAAUAGUCUACAAAUCAUAGCCGUACAAGUGGACAACGCCAUAAGAGUUAUUAAAAUAGUAUUGUUACUUUUACGUUACCUUAUUGUUAUAAUUAAUUGUUAAUUCAUUAAAGAAACAAGUGCCAUAACGAUUUUGUACUUUAUAAAAUAUUAUGACAAUAAAAUAAACUGUUCAAU